CACACCAACAACGUCGCUAACCUUGUUCAGAAGAAAUGAAAGAAGCAGGCAUAACAAAACAAAAAUUUUCCAUUUGAAGUGUUUAAUAAAAGAGAAGCGGAAAAGGUGAAAAACGCUUAUAUUGGUGAAAAAUCUGUGAAAACUAUUAAUCAAGAAUUUGUGUGAAGCUAUCAACGCGCGUUAAAUCUUUAUUAGUUAUCAUCGUAAAGUAUUCCCUUAUAUUAUGUUAGUUAUUAGAUCUAUGACCAGUAGUAUGUAAAAGAGUAAGAACGGACACGCAACCAAACAAGAAAAAGAAAACGAAAAAGAAAACAUUGAAUAAGAUUUCAAGCGGGGUGUGCGGUACGCAAAGCGGUAGUCAGACCUAUAGAAGUGAGACCUUGAGAAAAAAGACGACGAAUAUUGCUUAGGACAGUGUAAGGCGAAGCACCAAGGAAUGGCGUGUGAUCUCCAGCAGCCGUUGUGAAUAGAAAAAAAUCGCAAAACUUAAUAGAUAUUGUAUAUUACAAGUGAAAACUAGUUGUAGAGAUAUUGUAGUAAAAGUGCUUGUCCAUAAUGCCAAAAGUAAUGGGAUCAAUUGAUACGGAAGGGGGCGUGACAGCCGGGUCGCAUAGUGGACGGGAGGCACGCAAUUUAGCCGAAAAGCACCGCCGGGACAAAGUGAAUGCAAGUAUACGCGAACUAGCUUCCAUAGUGCCACAGGCGGCGGAUUCAUCGCGACGAUUGGACAGAACCGGAAUACUAAGGUGUGCGGCACAUGGUUUACGUUUGCAAUACAUAUUUGGUAAAUCAGUACCAAUAAGGCAAACAAUGACACAGCUCUCACAAGAUCCGCAUUUUUCUGAUGCGUUGACAUACUUAUUAGACAGCUUCUUCCUAACAUUAACCUGUCAUGGACAAAUUGUCGUUGUAUCAAACAGUGUGGAGAAAUUGCUCGGACAUUGUCAAACGGAUCUCUAUGGACAAAAUAUACUGAGCAUAACGCAUCCGGACGAUCAUCCAAACAUACUGCAACAACUAAUACCACGUGACAUGGAGGCGCUAUUCCGUUGCAGUCACGAAUAUCAAAUGCAGCAGCAAAACAAUGAUAGUAAUAGUAAUGAAAACAGUGAUACGUUUUUGAGAGACAUUGAUGAACGCUUGCGUAACGAUAAGCGUUCAUUUGUUGUACGUCUAGCACGAGCGGGUACACGUUCAGAGGCGAAUCGAAAGUAUGAAUUGGUGCGAAUUGAUGGCUGUUUCCGACGCAGCGACUACUCCUGCUCAAAUGGUACAUUUCCGAUUGUGUCACAUGUGUUGCGGCGGACACGUUACAAUGGCACAGAGGGUGUCCAUGCAAUGCAGCACGAUGUUAUAGCACAAGCCGCACUGCACGGCAUCAGUGGCAACGAUGUGGUGCUUGUGGGUAUGGCACGCAUCAUACAUACACCAAAGAUUACUACUUACCUAACGAGCGAGAAUAGCGGACGCAUGGAAUAUAGAACACGCCAUUUAAUUGACGGACGAAUAAUUGACUGUGAUCAGCGUAUCGGGCUGGUAGCUGGAUACAUGAGAGAUGAGGUCUACAAUCUCAGUCCGUUCUCUUUCAUACACCACGAUGAUGUGCGUUGGGUAAUUGUCGCGCUACGGCAGAUGUACGACAACUAUGACGAGCAAGGUGAAAGCUAUUAUCGCCUACUUACACGGAAUGGAAACUUCAUUUAUCUGCAUUCGCAGGGCUACUACGAUACCGUAGACACGUCGCGUAAUGUCUACUCCUUCGUUUGUAUCAACACGCUGUUGGAUGAGGAAGAAGGCCGCUAUUACAUGGAGAAUAUGAAACGACGCUUUUCCACAAUUAUACAUUCGGCUUUGCCCAUCACUUCAACGGUGGAUGCGCCAGCCUCCCACGAUCCAGUGCGUUUGGAACGCAUUGUAAUGUUUUUAAUUGACAAUUUACAAACACGUUAUACCCAAAGUAAUGGCACGGGCUGCGGUGAAGAUACCGCUACACAGGCAGACAACGAGCGAACACGACGUCGACGCAUGAUGUUGGUGCCGCCGGAAGUCUCCUCGGUACGCAGCUCAAUUAUGCAAUCGUUGUCCGUGGUAAAUAUUGCUGCAAAGAAUUUGCGCAGAAAUAUACGUCGCAAUACGCGUAGAGACUUGCGUAGGGCGCAAAGAGGACCGCAAAGCUGCAGCGAUAGCAGUGAUACAUCCAUCUCAAUAGAUAGCAGUGAUGAAGACUUUGCGAAUGAUCAAAACACCCUUUCGUCCGAUUCCAUGCACACAGAUGCAACGCAAGCGAAUUUGAUGCGACCGAGCGUGCUGCAAAUGAAUACGCAGGCAUCCACAAGUCAGCCGAGCGCGCUGGAACAGCGCCUAACUGCGCCGACAAUUGCUGAAACUGCGCCCUUUGAUGUUGCAAAUCCAGCAACACACACACCAGCAUUGAAGCGUGCGCGUGCAACGGGCGCUAGCUGCAGCAACAGCAAUGGCAGCGGUGGUAAGAAAAAGAACAAUAAAAUAUACGUUGAAGAAAUCAUUCAUCAGCCGAAAACUGGCAUGAGCAACACAACAACGCCGCCCACACCCACUUUGCCCAUUGCAAGUACAACCGAAAUUCACGAAGUCAUCAACAAUUCUUUGCAGAACAUCGAUCAGUCGCUGCAGAGCAUACAAGCGAAUGCACGCAAUUUAUGCCAACAACAAGCGCAAUUGUUGUCUCAAAAUGUGUCACAGAACUUUAAUCAGCAGCUGGAUGAAAUUAUUGUGGAGCACCAGCGCCAAGCUGAGCAGCUCAUUAAUAUCCGUAAUGAGUACGAUGUACAUUUGCAGCAACAGCUGGUGCAACAACAACAAACGCCAGAGUUAGAACAAACACAAUUGCCCGCAUUUGAUGACUUAGCUGCUAUAGAUCUACCGUUAUUGCCGCAGUUGAUAUUUGCCGCCGAGGAAGAGACGCCGCAUGUCAAUGCUGCGCCAAUAACCGCCAAUUAUAUAGAGCCGAGUGCUACAAUACUUAGCGAGUUGGAGAAACGGCUAUAGUGUGUGUGCCCAGUCUGCACGUGUUGGCUGGCCACUGCUGUGACAAUAACUUUGUUGUAAGAGUUAUGUGUGUGUACGCAGUGAAGGCAGCGACAAUUCCAUAUGUGUCACAAAACAGCGUAGUGUAAUCGUAGCUGGUGAGUGUGCAGCUAUUUUGUGUUUCAGUGUGUUACUCAUAUUAGGGCAGUAACAAAAACACUACAAACAUCAAAAAGAAAAGUUCAAAUUCUAUUAAUCGAUUAAAAAAUAAUCGUGUAAAUUUACCAAACGGCAUUGAUAUGGUGUGCCAGGUAGUUGCGUAGUGAUUUCACUACGAUGAACAAAAAAAAAAACAAAAUACUAAACUAUGUGGUGGCUCAGUAGGAUAUUAUUACACUUAAGCGAUAAGGUGUUGAGAAUUGUUGGAGUGUAGUGAAGAUGACAAAAAACAGUUAGAAUGUGUUGAGGCAAAGGCAAAACAAAAUGCAGCAAUUAAUUGACACUGAAAGUGAAGAAAAAAA